AUGACUUCCCCAGCUGCCUCAUCUUUGGGCUGGAGUGUCGAGCAAUGGCGUGCGUUUCACGCACGCUCCACCCCACAACAAGCUCUGGAUCGGCUGCAAGAUUUAUUGAAAUCGCAAUCAAAGGCCCCUGCUGAUCCCGCGUGGAUCUCGCUCGUCACACCAGAGCAUCUACAGCACCAAUGGCGCGUUCUACAGAGCAAGGGCGACAAAGAGAAGCUGCCGCUGUACGGGGUACCCGUGGCGAUCAAAGACAACAUUGACGUGGCAGGCUGCAAGACUACAGCAGCAUGCCCCAGUUUUGCAUACGAGCCCGAGAAAGACGCUACAUGUGUCUCAUUAUUGCGCGACGCUGGUGCAAUCAUCGUGGGUAAGACCAACUUAGACCAGUUUGCCACUGGUUUGGUAGGAGCUCGGUCUCCAUACGGCAAGACACCCUGUGUUUUCAGCGAUAAACACGUCUCUGGAGGGUCUUCUGCAGGCUCUGCAUCCGUUGUGGCUCGCGGGAUCGUUCCACUUGCUCUGGGUACCGAUACAGCCGGUUCUGGUCGUGUCCCGGCUGCCUUAAACAACCUCAUUGGGUUGAAACCCACUAAGGGUCUGUUCUCCUGCUCCGGAGUUGUACCUGCUUGCAAAUCUCUGGAUUGUGUUUCUAUUUUCGCGUUGAACCUGCGGGAUGCCCAAAUUGGAUUCCAAGUCAUGGCCCAAGCAGACACCACCAAUGAUGAAUAUUCUCGCAGCAUGCCUCCUAACCCGCUGCAACGUUACAGCAAGGACUGCCGGGUGGCUGUGCCAAGUAAGGUUCCUUGGUUCAGCGAAGAGAGCGGCGAAAACCCUCGUCUCUACGAGCAAGCAGUGGCCAACUUGCGUGCCACGGGCGUGCAGAUCGUUGAACUCGAUUUUGAACCUCUCCUGGAGCUUGCCAGAUGUCUCUAUGAGGGUGCCUGGGUCGCUGAACGUUACGAGGCCACCCGUGAUUUUUUUAGUACCAAUCCCGACCCACAGACCUUAGAUCCAACCGUUUAUCAAAUUAUUCAAAGUGGCACCAAGUUUGACGCCGCAGAUGCCUUCAAGUAUGAAUACAAGCGCCAAGGAAUCUUGCAGAGAGUAGAAGAAUCCCUUCGCGACAUAGAUGUGCUUUGUGUCCCAACCUGUCCCCUAAAUCCUUCCUUCGCACAAGUGGAGGCAGAACCGGUCACAUACAACUCGCAGCAAGGCACUUGGACCAAUUUUGUUAACCUUGCGGACCUCUGUGCACUGGCUGUCCCAGCCGGAUUCCGGAGUGAUGGUAUGUCAAACGGAAUCACUUUGGUGGGUAAAAAAUUCACUGAUUAUGCGUUACUAGACCUAGCUCACCGUUAUUUCAAAAAAGCCUUCCCUCAAGACUCUAGAACUUAUGGGCAAUUCACGGAUCGCACGAUCAACGUUCAAGACGAAUUGUUACCAGUUCCAUUUAGCUCUGAGGAUUCCAUCAAGCUCGCUGUCGUAGGUGCUCAUCUAAAGGGGCUCCCACUUCACUGGCAACUUGAAAAGGUUAACGCUACCUACCUAGGAAGCCCAACGACAUCAUCCAACUAUAAACUGUAUGCCCUGCCAAAGGUGGGUCCUGUUCUAAAACCCGGUUUGAGACGGGUCUCGAGUGAUGAGUCAGGAAGUAAGAUACAGUUGGAAGUGUACAGUGUUCCUAGAGAUCAGUUUGGUACUUUUAUUUCUAUGGUGCCUGAGCCCUUAGGGAUCGGCUCUGUCGAAUUAGAGUCCGGAGAAUGGGUUAAAUCGUUUAUUUGUGAAGAAUUCGGGUACCAACAGCAAGGUACAGUCGAUAUAACCGAGUUUGGUGGUUUCAAAGCGUAUAUCGAAAAAUUAAACUCGGAGGAAGCUUAUGCUAACAAGCCCUUUGAUACUGUCUUGGUUGCUAACAGAGGUGAGAUUGCUGUCCGUAUCAUGAAGACGUUGAGGAAACUCAAGAUUAAAGCUGUCGCCGUUUAUUCUGAUCCCGAUCGGUACUCCCAACAUGUAGCUGAUGCCGAUAUUGCCGUCAACCUAAAAGGAAGAACAGCUGCUGAAACCUAUUUGGACAUCGAUAAGAUUAUUGCGGCUGCUCAUGAAACUGGGGCUCAAGCCAUUAUCCCAGGUUAUGGUUUUCUAUCGGAAAAUGCGGAUUUCUCCGAUAGAUGUGCCGCUGAAGGAAUAAACUUUGUGGGUCCCGCCGGUGAUGCCAUCAGAAAAUUGGGUUUGAAGCAUUCAGCCAGAGAAAUUGCCAAGAAAGCUGGCGUGCCUCUUGUUCCUGGCUCUGGCCUGGUCAGUAGCCCACAGGAGGCGAAAGAGAUAGCCAAACAGCUGGAAUACCCUGUAAUGGUCAAGUCCACUGCUGGUGGCGGUGGUAUCGGUUUGCAAAAAGUUGACUCUGAAGCCGACAUCGAGAGAGUUUUCGAAACGGUUCAACAUCAAGGAAAAGCCUAUUUCGGCGACUCUGGUGUCUUUUUGGAAAGAUUUGUGGAAAACGCUAGACACGUUGAAAUUCAAAUGAUGGGUGACGGCAAAGGCAACGCUAUCGCUAUUGGAGAGCGUGACUGUUCGCUGCAACGUCGUAAUCAAAAAGUCAUCGAGGAAACCCCUGCCCCAAAUUUGACCGAGAGUACAAGGCAAAGAAUGCGCAAGGCCUCCGAAAACCUUGGUUCGUUGCUGAAAUACAAGUGCGCAGGUACCGUGGAAUUUAUCUACGAUGAACAGAGAGAUGAAUUUUACUUCCUGGAGGUCAAUGCAAGACUACAAGUGGAGCAUCCAAUCACUGAAAUGGUCACUGGUUUAGACUUGGUAGAAUGGAUGUUGCUGAUUGCUGCCGGCACCCCUCCCGACUUCGAAAAUGCCAACAUCAAGGUAUCAGGUGCCUCAAUUGAAGCUCGUUUAUACGCCGAGAAUCCCGUGAAGGACUUCAGGCCCUCCCCUGGUCGUCUGACUGAUGUUUCAUUCCCUGAAUGGGCUAGAGUCGACACUUGGGUCGCUAAAGGUACCACCGUAUCCGCUGAAUAUGACCCCACUCUAGCUAAAAUCAUUGUACAUGGCAAAGAUCGUGAUGAAGCCAUUGAAAAAUUGAACCAGGCCCUCAACGAAACGUCAGUUUAUGGUUGUAUUACAAAUAUAGACUACUUGAGGUCUAUUGCAUCUUCCGAGAUGUUCAAAACCGCGAAAGUCGCUACUAAAGUUUUAGAUUCUUUCGAUUACCAACCAUUUGCCUUUGAAGUCACUGCCCCAGGUGCGUACACAACAGUUCAAGAUUACCCGGGUAGAGUUGGGCAUUGGAGAAUCGGUGUUCCACCUUCUGGUCCAAUGGACGCUUAUUCUUUCAGGCUCGCCAAUAGAAUUGUCGGCAAUCACUAUAAAGCUCCAGCCAUCGAAAUUACGCUCAAUGGACCCAAAAUUGUGUUCCAUACUGAUGUUGUUAUUGCUCUAACGGGUGGUGUUGCGCCUUGCUCCGUCGACGGUAAACAUAUUGAUCAAAACAAACCCGUUUACAUCAAGAGGGGCGGUCAAUUAGCCAUUGGCAAACUAACGCAAGGCUGCAGAAUGUACCUGGCUAUUAGAGGUGGUAUUGAUGUUCCCGAGUAUUUGGGCUCUAGAUCUACAUUUGCCUUGGGUAACAUGGGAGGAUACAAUGGAAGGGUUUUGAAACUGGGUGACGUGUUGUUCCUCAACCAGCCCGAACUUCCUUCUUCUGACUUGCCUGCUCCUUCAUACGAACCUAGCGAGCCACCUGCCAGCUUGAUUCCAUCCAUUGCGGAAAACAAGGAGUGGACCAUUGGCGUUACGUGUGGUCCACACGGUUCCCCAGAUUUCUUCAAACCAGAGUCUGUUGAAGAAUUUUUCAGCGAGAAGUGGAAAGUGCACUAUAAUUCCAACAGAUUUGGAGUUAGGUUGGUCGGCCCAAAACCUCAGUGGGCGAGAACUGAUGGUGGUGAGGGUGGUCUGCACCCAUCGAAUGCACAUGAUUAUGUCUAUUCUCUGGGCGCUAUCAACUUUACUGGUGACGAGCCAGUUAUCAUUACAUCAGACGGUCCAUCUCUAGGUGGUUUUGUUUGCCAAGCGGUUGUUCCGGAGGCUGAAUUGUGGAAAGUUGGCCAAGUCAAACCAGGAGAUUUCAUCCAAUUUGUCCCUGUAUCAUAUGAAUCUGCUAGAUUGUUGAAAGAAUCUCAAGACAAAGCCAUCGAAACGUUCGACGAGGAAAGUUUGAAGACGUUGUCUUCAGAAUUGAUUCUCCCUGCUUAUGAAACGCCUAUUUUGGCCCAGCUGCCAAAGACUUCCGAGUUUUGUCCUAAGGUAACUUACCGCCAGGCGGGUGAUCGUUAUAUUCUGGUUGAGUACGGUGAGAACGAGCUAGACUUGAACAUCUCUUACCGCGUUAACAGGCUCAUCUCUUUGGUGGGAAAACAUCAGACUGUUGGUAUCGUGGAGAUGUCACAAGGGGUGCGCUCUGUGCUAGUGGAAUUUAAUGGCUAUAAAACUAGCCAAAGUGAGUUGUUAAGAGUCUUGAUUGCUUACGAGAAAGAGAUCAAAUUUGACAAUCACUGGACUAUCAAAUCCAAGGUUUUCAAAUUACCCCUAGCUUUCGAAGAUUCUGACACCCUCGAUUGUGUCAAGCGUUACCAGGAAACUAUUCGUUCCAAAGCUCCGUGGUUGCCAAAUAACGUGGACUUCAUUGCGGAUAUUAACGGCAUCACUCACAAAGACGUGGAAAGUAUGUUAUACAGCGCCAGGUUCUUGGUCUUAGGGCUGGGUGACGUAUUCUUGGGCGCUCCAUGCGCCGUUCCCUUGGAUCCUAGACACAGGUUUCUCGGAUCCAAGUACAAUCCAUCCAGAACUUACACUAAAGCUGGUACCGUUGGUAUUGGGGGCAUGUACAUGUGCAUUUAUGCAAUGGAUUCUCCUGGAGGAUAUCAGUUGGUCGGGAGGACCAUUCCAAUUUGGGACAAGUUGAAACUUGGAGCACACUCCACUGAACAUCCAUGGUUGCUAACGCCAUUUGACCAAGUUGAGUUUUACGCGGUUUCGGAAGAAGAGUUGAACAAAUUCACUAAUGAAUGUGAGUACGGUCAGUUCCCUGUUCAAGUGGAAGAAAGCAUUUUUGAUCAUAAGCAAUAUUUGCAGUGGAUCUCUGAAAACAGUGAGUCUAUCGCUGCGUUCGAGAAAUCUAUAGGAGGUGAAAAGGCUCAAGAGUUCUCAAGGUUGAUGCAAGAAUCAAAUGCCGAGCUGGAACAAUCGGCCUCCACCUCAGCAGUAGUGGAGGAAGAGUUCCCAGAAGACGCAGAGAUGGUGUAUUCCGAGUAUUCGGGUAGAUUUUGGAAACCCAUGGUCUCUGUUGGAGAUGUUGUUGAAGCUGGUGACGGAUUGAUCGUGGUGGAGGCCAUGAAGACAGAGAUGAUUGUGUCUGCCACGAAAGCUGGUAAAGUUUUGAAGAUUGCGCAUAAGAACGGUGAUAUGGUUGAAGCCGGCGAUGUUGUGGUGGUUCUUCAAUAA